AUUUGUCCCAACAAAAUAAAAAGGAAAAGGAGAGGGAGAGAGAGAGAACACUCACUGCAAAUAGCAGCAAAGAGAAAUAGAAAAGGAGAGAAAGAGAAAGAUAGAGACGACAGAGGGACAUACGCAGAGAGAGAGAGAGAGAGGGGCGGAAGAGAAAGAGAUAGUGGAGGAAUUGAAGAAGCUUUCAAUACCACAGAAGGGAAAGCGAUGUCUGAGAGCUUUUACAUCCUUUCAUGCUCUGCAACUCUUGAGAGGUAUAUACUCAGUUCUAUAGGUGUGUAUACGGUGUGAUCCAAGAUUGAAUUGGGGCAAUAGAUCAAGAACUCUCAAGGUAAGAGGAAUUGUGUGUGUGAGUGAGAGAGAGAGAGAGAUCACUUGGGUGUGGCUGGCUAAGUUGUUAAAAAGAAAGCAAAGAUAGAGAGAGAGCGAGAGAGAUGAUACUGAUAUGGGCAUAGCAACACCACCACUCCCACCAAUCUCCUCCCACACCAAGACUCACCACCAUCACUCAAUCGCAAUCUCCAACCCCACCAAGUCUAUGUCCCAAGACUAUCACCACCCCAGCAUCUUUGCCUUCUCAAAUAACGGCUUCGAGCGACCCGACGUUGCCGCUGCCUCCGCUGCCACAGACCAAGAACAGCAGCACCAUGUAGCCCAGCAGAUCUAUCGCGACAAGCUUCGAGUGCAAGGCUUCGACCCGCCUCCGCCACCACAACUGGUCGGCAUGGAGGAGGAACCAGGCGAGCUACCUCCGUACGAGACCGCUGGGAUGCUAUCUGAGAUGUUCAAUUUCCCUCCUGGCAGCACAGCCGCGGCCGAAUUGCUGGAGCAGCCGAUCGCAUCGGGCUAUCGGGCAGCCCGGUCAUCGCUACCGACCAGUGAGUGGUACGGCUCAAAAAACCCGGGUGUGUUUAGGCGAGGAGAGAGCAAUAUGUCACAACAACAUCACCAUGCUCACCAUCAUCAUCAGCAACAGCAGCAGAAUCAGAUUUCGAACAUGAAUGCGGAAUCAGCAGCAGCCAUGCAGCUUUUCCUCAUGAACCCGCAAGCGAGGUCGCCGUCGCCUCCCACGCCUCAUCACCACCAUCAUCAUCCACCACCAACCUCCUCUUCAACCCUCCAAAUGCUCCUCCCAAACCCAUCUCCCCCUCCUUCCCUCCAAGGGUUCCACGUGUCCGGCUCAGCCAGCGCUGCCCCCAAUUAUGGGACUGGCAUGAUACCCCCGGCUCAAUUCACUUGGGUCCCCGAUGGUGGCGCAACCGCAGCCCAGCUCAACAACCCUAGCGAGAUCUCUGGGGCGACGGUUGUGGAGGGCCAAGGCCUGUCGCUGUCCCUGUCAUCAUCGUUGCAGCACUUGGAGGCCGCCAAGGCUGAGGAGCUGCGGAUCGGAGACAGUGGCUUGCUGUUCUUCAAUCAAGCCGGAGGAGGUGGGUCAGCUAAUUCUUCAGCUUCAGCUUCAGCUUCUGCUGUCGCUGCCUCUGUUCAGUACCACCACCAAUUCAAGAACUUGGGAGUGCAUAACUUGCAAAGCCACCAGCACCAAGUCCAUGUUGGCUAUGGGUCAUCGCCGUCUUCUUCGUCUCUCGGGGUUGUCAACGUGCUGAGGAAUUCGAGGUACCUCAAGGCAGCUCAGGAGCUGCUGGAGGAGUUUUGCAGUGUGGGAAGAGGCCAGUUCAAGAAGGGCAAGUUUGGGAGGAACGCAAGCUCGUCAAACCCUAGUUCAAACCCAAGUAAUAACAACACUAGUAGCGCUAGUGCCGUCGGUGGAGGCGCUUCUUCUUCGUCGUCGAAAGACGUCCCUCCUUUAUCGGCUGCUGAUAGAAUGGAGCACCAGAGGAGGAAGGUCAAACUUUUAUCGAUGCUUGACGAGGUGGAGAGAAGAUACAACCACUAUUGCGAGCAAAUGCAGAUGGUGGUGAACAUGUUCGACCUCGUGAUGGGCUACGGAGCGGCAGUCCCGUACACUGCCCUUGCGCAGAAAGCCAUGUCGCGGCACUUCCGGUGCCUGAAGGAUGCGAUCGCCACCCAAUUGAAGCACAGCUGCGAGCUGCUGGGCGAGAAGGAUGGCGCGGGCAGCUCCGGCAUAACCAAGGGCGAGACGCCGCGGCUCAAGUUGCUUGACCAGAGCCUGAGGCAGCAGAGGGCUUUCCACCAGAUGGGCAUGAUGGAGCAAGAGGCCUGGAGGCCGCAGCGGGGCCUGCCGGAGCGGUCCGUCAACAUAUUGCGCGCGUGGCUCUUCGAGCAUUUCUUGCAUCCGUAUCCAAGCGACGCUGAUAAGCACCUGUUGGCUCGGCAGACUGGUCUCUCCAGAAACCAGGUCUCGAACUGGUUCAUAAAUGCCAGGGUCCGGUUGUGGAAACCCAUGGUGGAGGAGAUGUACCAGCAAGAGUCCAAAGACGAAGAUGAGGAUGAUGACCAUCAAGCAGAGAGAUCAGAGAGCUCGAGGAACAACCUCAGCACUAGUGGCCAUGCACAAACACCAACGCCUUCCUCCAUCGCACCACCACCCAUUAAUAACAACACCAACACCAACAACAACAAUGCAUCAACACCAACAAGAAGAUCCGAAAUCAAUGCCCCUGAAAGCGACCCUUCACUUACACCCGCCAUCAAUAGACACUCCUUCUCGGAUGCCCAGGCCACCACCCUCCUCCAGGCAACCACCGGCAUGAUCUCCUCCGCCGUCCAGGUGGCAGGGCCAGCGCACAUGGACGACCUGUGUCGCCGCGGCAUCGGCAGCAGCACGGGUUUCGGCGCUGGCAACGCCACGGACAUCGGGUCAGCGCUCAUUCGGUUCGGGACCGCCGCCGCGGCAACGGGCGACGUGUCCCUCACCCUGGGGCUGCGCCAUGCUGGGAAUGUGCCGGAGAAGAGCUCUUUCUCAGUCACCGAUUUGGGCGGCUGUUGAUUAGUAAAAUUAAAUUUUUGCCUAUAUCUAGCUGCCUUUGGAAAACAAUUUUAGAAAGAGAAACCUUCUUUUUCCUCCAUUAUCAUUAAUUAGCUUAAAAACGAGAUACACCAACCCCCAAGGAAAACGUUUGUACAUUGUCUUACUAGCUGAUAGGUAGUUUAUUAAAUUUCAGUUACUUUCUAUAUUGUAACAGUGUAUAGUAGCUAGAACAUCAUUAUUUGUUUUGGGACAAUGACUUCUCUGUGCUCUUUGUGAA